AUGCCGCCGAAGCCGCAAAACAAGGGCAAGAAGCCCGAUGCGAAGAAGAUCAUCGAAGACAAGACGUUCGGCAUGAAGAAUAAGAAGGGUGCCGUGGCUAAGAAACAGAUCGCUGCUCUCCAAAAGUCUAUGCAGGCUAGCGGGAGCGCUGAAGAGAAGCGGAAGGCGGCCGAGAGGGCGCAACGUGAGCGCGAGAAGAAGGCCGCCGAAGAGGCCAGGAAGGAAGCCGAAAUGCUUCUCAACAAGCCUGUGCAAGUUCAGAAGGUCCCCUUCGGUGUCGACCCGAAGACUGUCGUGUGCAUCUUUUUCAAAAAGGGUAAUUGCGAGAAGGGCAAGAAGUGCAAGUUUUCUCAUGACCUGGAGAUGGAGCGUAAGACCGAGAAGAAGAGCCUCUACGAAGAUACCCGGCAAACAAAGCAGGAGGAAGAGGAGAAGAAGCGCCAGGAGACCAGUGCCGACUGGGACGAGGAAAAGCUGCGAUCCGUCAUUCUGUCGAAGAAGGGCAACCAGCGCACCACGACCGACAAGGUGUGCAAGUACUUCAUCCAGGCCAUUGAAGAUGGCAAGUAUGGGUGGUUUUGGAUGUGCCCUAAUGGCGGUGACAAGUGCAUGUAUAAGCAUGCACUUCCACCUGGCUAUGUGGUGAAGACAAAGGAGCAGAGGGCAGCGGAGAAGGCAGCCAGAGAGAACGCGGCGGCGAAGAGCAUUACACUCGAGGAGUUCAUCGAGUCGGAGCGGCUCAAGCUUACCGGCACUCUUACUCCGGUGACGCCCGAGACGUUUGCCAAGUGGAAGAAGGAGCGCCUUGACAAGAAGGCCGCGGAAGAACAGCUGCGCAAGGCCAAGGAGAACACUGGCCGUGCCCUGUUCGAGAGCGGCAUGUACAAGGAGGAGGAUAGCGAGGAUGAGGGCGACUCCGCCUGGAAUUUGGAGAAGUUGCGCAAGGAGACCGAGGCUCUCCGUAUCAAGAGGGAAGAAGAGCGCCUUGCUCGGCAGUAUGGUCUCAUCCCAGAGGGGACGACGGAUGAUGGUGAAACGAACGAGAAGGAGAAAGAGCCUGAGGGCGAUGAGAAAGGGGCAGAUGAGGCGGAUAAGGCUCCGAACACUUGA